CUGAGCAUGCGCAGAACUCCUGGAGAGCGGGCUGCGGGCUGCCUGGCGAUGGGGGUCCCCUCCGUUUCCGGGUUCCGGCUGCUGGCGGCCUUUGCGGGGGGCUCCCUCCUCUUUGUGGUCCUAGCUUCGUAUAGGGCAGGGAGCGAGCUUCAGAUACUCAACAAGUUGACUUUCCACUAUUUCUGGAAAAGUGACAAGCCACUCUACAAACUUGACGUAAACUGGCCUAAAUUCCCAGAACAACUAACAGGCCAAACAUUUUGCGUUGCAGUUGACCACAUCCAUGGAUUAGUUUACAUUGGGCAGAGAGGUGAUAAUAAUGUGCCAAAGGUUGUGGUGUAUGGCGAAGAAGGCUCUUUCUUACAAGCAUGGAACACCACAAUUGAAAUGCCCCAUGGCAUGUUUGCACUGAACACUCCCAACGCAAGUUCCAUUUGGAUCACAGAUGUUGGCACUGGUGAAUGUGGACACACAGUUAAACAGUACGAUCCUGCAGGAAAAUUGCUUCAAGUCCUGGGCACACCAGGUAAAGCUGGUUCUGGGACAAACCCCCUGCAGUUUGAUCAGCCAGCAGAGAUUUUUGUUGAAGAAACAGGUGACAUCUACAUUGUGGAUGGGGAUGGAGGGAUGAACAACCGCUUGCUCAAAGUGACUGAAGAUUUAAAGACUUUAUGGCUGCAUGGGGAGAAGGGUUCUGCUGUUACACAGUUCAGGAUUCCACACAGUGUAACAUUGGAUUCUGUUGGACGGGUGUGGGUUGCUGAUAGAGCCAACCGACGGAUUCAGGUUUUUGACAAAACCACAGGGGAAUGGUUGGGCUCUUGGAGUAGCUGCUUCACAGAAGAUGGACCUUAUUCUGUCAGAUUUACUCCCGACGAGAAGUAUAUAAUCGUGGCCCAUCUAAAUAUUGACAAGAUAUCAUUUUUGGCUGCCCCACCAGUCGGAUUGAUCGGGGAUUGUGUUGUAGUAGACACAAUUCAACUAGCCAAAGAAGUCAGGCCUCAUCUUGUUGAUGUCAACAAACAAACUGGAGCAAUAUAUGUGGCCGAAAUUGGAGCCCGGCAAGUACAGAGAUAUGUGCCUCUAAACUAAAAGCUUCACAAGCAGCUUCUGAACUCUUUUUCACCUAUCAGGUUGCCUUCAAUUAGAAGAGAACCCUUGAAUUAACUUGAAGUGCACAUUUAUUUUUCCUUCUAAAUCUAUCUCAGGGACUUAAUUUGUUUACAUGUUUCUCACUAAGGAUGAAUCUUCCAGAAUACUUCUUUAGUAUAACUGCAAAAUUUUAUCUGAAAGCAAUUUCUUGGCAGCAUCAGCGCUUCCUGUUCAUUUGUAAUUUUUGUUUUUUUUACCAAGUACCCUUACUGGUACAUUUCUGUGAAUGGGGGGAAAAAACAGGUAAGCCUUGCUCCAUGCUCUGAGACCAUGCUCCACAGUGUGCGUUAUGAUUGCCUCUGCAAAGAUCAUAUCCUAUAGGAGCUGGUAACGUAAUCUGAAGAAAUCCUAUUUCAGAGAAAUUAGUUUCCAGCAAACAGAACUUCCUUAGAAGUGGUCCCAAUUCUCUGGAAUUUUCUUGUGAGGCAAGUAAACACUGCCUCUCCUUACUAUCCCUUCAGAAGAAGGUUAAAGCCUUCCUUUCUCAAUCAGUGAUCUGUUUCUUAAUGCUUUUAUACAAUAUUGAUAUGUUUAUUUGCAUGGUAGUAUAAUUUUUAAAGAUAUGUAUGCAUGUAUAUAUUGUUCUAGGACUGUUGCCUCCUGAUGAUUUGGAGAACGUUAGGGAAAUUCCACAUUUGUGCUAACCAGCCCCUACCUGCAGGCUACAACUAUUUUGAAUUGCAACAUGGGUACUGUUUGCAUUUCUACUUUGGUAUGUUUUGUACAAUCUUAAAAUGUUUUAAAUUCAUUUUUUCUGGAUUUUAAACAUUGUUUUGGAUGCAUCAGAUGUGAAACGAUAUGUAAAUAUGUAAAUGUUUUGGAAAUUAAUAUUACCUACAUGGUCUUCUGUGCCAUGAGAGAACUUCUUUAUGGCUAUGAAUCUUUGUUUUUACUGCAACAGGUCAUUGCAGUGACAUGUCUAGAAUUUACCCCCAAAGUAUGUGAUUGUGUAUCUGUAGCUGGAAUACAGGAAUAUACUGGUUGGUUUCACUUAUGUCUGGUGAAAUUGAAGAAAUGUAACUGCAACAUUGGGAAAAGAGGAAUAUUCGAUCCCGUCCAUUAACUAUAUACACACUCCAUAGUGAUCCUACUGUCACAGCACGGCAAAUGACAAAGUUCCUUCUGCUUCAGUUUCAUCUCCAGCCUGGCUCAAUGGCAGUACACGUGCAAAAGAUCUUGGAGUCCUCGUGGACAACAAGUUAAACAUGAGCCAACUGUGUCAUGCGACGGCUAAAAAAGCCAAUGGAAUUUUGGCCUGCAUAAAUAGGAGAAUAGUGUUUAGAUCCAGGGAUGUCAUGCUACCCCUCUUUUUUGCUUUGGCCAGACCACACCUGGAAUACUAUGUCCAAUUCUGGGCACUGAAAUUUUAUGGAGAUUUUGACAAGCUGGAAAGUGUCCAGAGAAGGAUCAAGGCUCUGAAGAACAAGUCCCAUGAGGAGCGGCUUAAAGAGCUGGGCAUGUUUAACCUGCAGAAGAGAAGGCUGAGAAGAGACAUGAUGAGGGCCAUGUAUAAAUAUGUGCAGGGAAGUCAUAGGGAGGAGGGAGCAAACUUGUUUUCUGCUUCCCUGGAGACUAGGAUGUGGAACAAAGGCUUCAAACUACAGUAAAGGAGAUUCCGCCUCAACAUUAGGAAGAAUUUCCUGACUCUGAGAGCUGUGGAACUCUCUGCCCCGGAGUGUGGUAAAGGCUCUUUUGGAGGCUUUUAAGCAGAAACUGGAUGGCCAUCUGUCGGGGGUGCUUUGAAUGAGUUUUUGUUGCUUCUUGGCAGGGGGUUGGAUUGGGUGGCCCACGAGGUCUCUUCCAACUCUGUGAUUAUUCUACCAUCCUGGAUCACAAAGGGGGCUCAGCUUCCAGCUCUAUUCUACUUUCAGAAACUACAGACAAGGAAUCCUGUCUGUAUUGUCUACGCUACCAUGGAAGCUGGGAAAGAAAGGCUUGAGGUUUUCCUCUCCACAGCAUUAGGCAGAUGUCCUUCUAACGAAGAUGGAAGUCUUAUCACCUCCUGCUUUGUUUGCUUGGUCCACCUUGGCAGCUCCUGACUUUACCUGUGGGCUUCCUGUUAGGAUUUAUGGACUCUAGAAGGAUUAGUUCAUGGGUCUGUUGGCAAUUAAUGCUAAUCACCACAGAGGUGAUUAGAUCAGUGGUCCUUACCUCUCUUAUCAUAAGCAUAAGAGUGGGAGAAAGAAGAUUUUAAAUACAGGUCAACUAUCAUAAGACAUUUAUUUACACAGAUUCUAAAGUACAGACAAAAUAGUAUAUUUUAUAAUUACAUUACAAAGAUGCAUGUUAAAAUAACAAUACAGCACAAUACAACAAUAAUUACCUAGCAGUAUUAGUAAUAAAACCUGGAAGAUGUCUGUCAUUGCUCUUGCAUAAGUAAUAUUUCUCUACUGUGCCACAAACACACAAUUCUCAUAGGACAGACUUGCCUUUCAUUGCCCUUCAUAGGAAUGCGCUAUCUAAAAGGCUACAUACGCUGAGUAAAAUAUUGCAUUUUUUUGUAAUAAUCUCAAAAACAUUGAGGUUAAUAAAAUUUAUAUAGGUCUGAAAGGCCGUUAAUAAAAUCCAAGAACACGUGUACGCAGAUUAUAUAAAAUACUGAAAAAUGGCCCAUUAGUCCAUUAGGUUUUUUGUUUAAAAUAUGGCAUAAUACUGAAAUUCAAAUAAAAUAAUUAGCAAACAAAGAAAGUAAGAA